CUCGUCAUCCUUCCCAAUUCAUUUGUGCUGUCCUCCCCCUUGGGCUUUCGACAAUGUCCUACCAACAACAUUCAUAUGUCCCAUCUAAUGAGAUGCAACAUGAUGCGCAUCGACUACUGCCAACUGGAUUCUGCGAGUAUGCAACUUCUGAAUAUCCUACCUGACCUUUCUAAGCUAAGUGUAACUUUCAACAGUCAGAAACGGCACACGGUUGACUCGACCGCCACAGAUGACUGGAGCCGAGCAAACGAGAUGGAUCAGCACAUCAUUCCACAACAUAAUGGUCUUCUUGUAAACCACUGGCCAGUUGAGAUGCAACAGCCACAUCCUCUUCCUGAGGUGGAGAACCCCCAUAACUGGCAAAACAUGGUUGCUGCAGCUGAUCUAGAUUACUCAGCGAGGCGACCGCACACCUUGGAAGCUGCUAGCCAAGCAUUGCAGCCCAUAGCAUCUAUCAGCGUGAUGAAGGAAGUCGUUGUGGAAACACAGCCAGCCUUCGUUGGAGUGCAGCGAUCAGCAUCCAUGAUUGCACUACGACAGCCGUCAGUCACUACUGAGGCAACAGGGCCUUUGACGCCCGCUGUGCCAGACCAAUCUUGCGCGGUUGCCAUGGACCAGAUAAUGGCAGGAACCGGAGGAGACAAAUCAAGUGAUAGCAUAAGGUCGGAAAGAGAUCUCGACAUCGUUUUCCGAGAUAAUGCCAUUCCCAAACGGCUUUCCAAGCCCAACCGCAAGGCGUCUUUCAAAAGGACCUUCGGACGCGCAGGGAGCAAGGUGUCGAACGCGGUCCUGGCAGCACUGCGUCCAAGUGUAAACGAGCCGCCAGUGAAGUUGAGGGCGGAAGGAGUCAUGGCUGAGUGGCAGCUGUUUCUCUCCGAGCGUAGACACGAGGAAACUGCAAUGGAAGGCGCCUUCGACCCUUUCCAACAUGUGAUGGAGCAAGCCAUGAACCAGAAGUAUAAGGAGCUCAGAGGCGAAGGUAAUUUCCUGGUUGAUGACGAUGCAGCUGGCUCAACAGCCGCUGCUGAACCCGUUGAGCUACCAGUAGAGCAAGAAGUGCUGGCGGCCACGAAUGAUGAAGAGUGGACAUGGGUGUCACAUCUUAAGAAAGAGGAACAUGUCACAGAGUUCUGUGAUCCGUACACUGGCAGUGUCAAGCGAAAUUCGCCGUCUGACUCUCCACGGGUCAGUACAGAUUAUAUGAUUUGCCAUCCCCCCAAACCUCGGACCUAUCCGGCUGGUCUCCCGUGUCCAACAAACACGACACAGUCCGAGGAGCCUGAGCCCGUAACAGACAGCCAGCACGACUCGACACCAAGUCCCAAGGCUGGACCUCAGCCCACAUACUUGGGGGAGGUGAACGACAAAAGUCUCAGGACGUCCAUUCCAGCAUCGGAAAGGGAGUCCAGGCUUCCGAAACCCACAAGAUCGUGGUCGGGUGAAGCACGUACAGCGCAUCCAGUGGGGGUACCCAGGUCUCGGGCGCCGGUCAAAGGACGCCAGGAUUCGGUCCAACCAGUGGCUUCUCAAGCGAUGCAGACCGAGGACAAGCAUGCGACGUACCAACAAGCAGACAUGAACUGAGACUCUCGACUAAGCG